GUCUCGUAUGUGUGAUAAGAAAUAUUUUGCGUACAGGUUAUUUUGUACGGCAAUUGUCAGAGGAGUGUUUUGAGACGUAGCUGGACGUGAUAAUCGGCUAAUCGUCCCGCAAAUCUUCUUCAUCUGUCUUGGGACGAAACGAAAGUCGACAUUCGCAGUAUUUUGCACAAUCGCGUGGCUUUAAUUCCAAUUCGUCUCUGGCGAUGUCAAGCGUGUUCUGGAUAAACGCGGGCCGUGAGAUAUAACUGAUUGAUAAGAAUGGCCGACGAGGUGGUGGAGACACUACGUCAUAAUAAUGAGGACGCCGAAUGUAUAGACGCCGAAAUCGACGGCGAUGACGAAGAAGAAGGCUCUGACGGGGUCAUAGUUCCGGAACUUCAGGGUACAUUAUCCAAAUGGACAAAUUACAUACAUGGCUGGCAAACUAGAUUUAUUGUACUCAAAGAUGGUACUUUGUCUUAUUACAAAUCUGAGCAGGACAGUGGAUUUGGAUGCCGAGGUUCGAUUAGUCUGUAUAAAGCUAAUAUCAAGGCGCACGAAUUUGAUGAGUGUAGAUUUGAUGUGUCUGUAAAUGACUGUUUGGUUUGGUAUUUAAGAGCAAGGAGUACAGAAGAAAAACAAAGAUGGGUAGAUGUUUUGAAAUCUUAUAAGUCAGAAUCUGGUUACGGAAGUGAGAACAGUCUCAAACGACAUGGUAGUGCCAUAUCGCUUGUGUCAAAUACACAAUCUACAACAAGUGCUGGUAGCUUUACUAAACGUGGUAUCAGAGGACUGAAAGAAAAGUUAGCUGAGAUCGAAACCUUUAGAGACAUUCUUAUCAAGCAAAUUGAUACAUUGCAGAAGUAUUUUGAUAAUUGUGCAGAAAAUGCUAAGAAUACUUCCAAGAAAGAAAAGAAAAUUGAGACAAUGUUCAAUCCAGCCGAACAAUCAGUGGAUUUCAAAGGAGAAGCGAUAACAUUUAAAGCUACCAGUGAAGGAGUGUUAGCGACCUUACAACAUUGCGUUGAAUUAAUGGUACAACGAGAAGAUGCUUGGCGCCGUAGAUGGGAAAAGGAAGUCGAAAAGAGACGAAAGUUGCAAGAAUUGUACAAAGCCUUAAAAGAUCAAGUUGCUAUGCAUCAUACUGGCUCACCAAGACCCAGGGUUCUCAUCCACGGAGGCCCUGACUACGAGGAAGGUCCACACAGCGCUCUUUGCGACGAGGAAUUUUACGAUGCCGUGGAAACUGGUUUAGACAAAAUAGAAGAGGAAAAUCAAUUAAGGGACCGUUUGAAACAAAAAUCUGUCUCGAUUUUAACGUCUCCCACUAUAACAGCAUCUACACACAGGCUAUGGCCAGAGAUAGAGAAAAUUACGAUGGAACAAUUGCAUUACGCUCGACUGGGUGUUGGCGGGGCGGGCGGUUGGCAGUUAUUCGCCGAGGACGGUGACAUGCGGAUGUAUCGGCGAGAGGAAGAAGCUGACGGUUUAGUUGUGGAUCCCCUAAAAGCAUGUCACGUCGUCAAGGGAGUAACUGGUCACGAAGUAUGCGAAAUAUUCUUCAGUCCCGAAUAUAGAAGUGGUUGGGAAGCUACACUCGAAGACAUGACCGUCGUCGAGAAUAUUUCCAAAGAUACACUACUAUUUCUACAAACGCACAAACGCAUUUGGCCGGCGAGCCAAAGAGAUGCGUUGUUCUGGUCACACAUUCGCCGCGUAUCGGACGAUCAAGAUCGCGAUGCCCACGAUCUAUGGAUUGUCUGUAACCACAGUACCGAACAUCCCGAUUAUCCGCCGAACGCGGGUAAAUGCGUGAGAGUCUACCUGACAGUUUGUCUCGUAUGCCAAACGUUUAUCGACCCACCAGAAGACGAGGAGGAAAUAAAAAGGGAGAACAUUACAUGUAAAAUAACAUAUUGUUCAGUUGUGAAUCCAGGUGGAUGGGCUCCGGCGUCCGUUUUGCGUGCUGUUUACAAGAGGGAGUAUCCAAAGUUCCUUAAGCGUUUCACUAAUUUUUGUAUUGAUCAAUGCAAAAGCAAGCCAAUCACAUUCUGAAUGUGAUUAAAAUGAAACUUCAAUGUUUUCCAUCCAGCUCCUUAUUCGCUAUUUCAAAGUGUCUUCACAUGGUUAUUGUAAAAACAAUUUGUAUUGUUACAUACUGUAGGAGUUAUAGAAGGGCUAUUACGAUGUAAGUGAAACUGUUUUGUAUAUUACCUUUUUUUUUAUUUGCUUAAGAUAAUCGACUUAUAUAGCUUGCGAAUGGGAAGACGAGCUGUUAUAUUAAAGGCCAUUUAAAAUAUAAGUGAGUGUAUAGCAAUCAUAUACACUUGAAAGGAAAAACAUGAACAACUCUUUUCAUGACAUAAUGAGGCACGCGUGGCUACAGCACCGUUUAUAGAUUAUCCUUUCCUCUUCAAAUAACAGUUUGUUAUUUGUUAUACAGAAUGCUAUCGCAACCGAGUUGUACAAAUCUUUAAUAAAAAUUGAAUACAUAUACA